UUUUAUGCAGAUGUGUAUAUUCGGUUUUCCUACUUUCUCAGUCAUUCCACUUCUUGACCAUCCUGGGAUGACUGUUUUUAGCAAAGUUCUCUAUGGCUCUUUGCAUGUGAGAGCUUAUGAUUGGGUCGAGCCUCCCAGGAAAGCAAGGAACCAAAUUACUUUCCAGUAAGAUUGGCAAAGCUGGCGGUUGACAAGGUUUUAACAGCACCAUGUGGGACAUCAAUUUUGUAUCCAAGGAAUGGGGGAAAUCUACAUUAUUUUACUGCAGUCACUCCUUGUGCUGUUCUUGACAUUCUCACACCCCCUUGCAGAGAAGAUGCAGGCAGAAAAUGUACCUACUACCGCAAUUACCUGUAUAGUGCCUUUGGCCGAAAUGGUGGCAGUCGAGAUGGACAUCCAAGUGGCUUGCCUAGACCAUAUGGUGGGCGUCACGGUGGCCAUGGCGGAGCAAGUUGUGAUGCAUAUGCUGCUGCUGCUAAUGAUGAUAAUGGCACUUCAGGCUGGGCUUCUGACCCAAAAAGAAGAAGGUUCAGAUAAUGGGGUUUGGGAAUGGGGUUCUGAGCCCGAAAUAAGUAGAGUCUCAAUAUGGCUUGAGAGCGCAGCGGCGGCGGCGGUAGUAGUGGUUGGUGAAGUGGGCUUUUGUUGUCAACUCAAUAUUAUCCCUCUCCAAAAAAUAUUCCUCCCCAUGUAGUUUAGUUAUUGCCAAACCUAUAGGGCCUCUUUUGCUGAUUUUCUCAAUGUCUCAUGUAGAAGAAUUUCAAAUAUUCCUAUACAGAAAAAUGUUAUCAAAGAAAAGUCAA